AUGCCGUUGAUUGAUUCAUCUACUACUAUCAAAGUUAGCUCUACCCUGGACAAAUCAGUUGGAAAGAAGAAUUUGAUAGACGGCAGCCCAGAAACUUGCUGGACAUCUGCAGCCGGACUUCCUCAAUCCAUCGAACUGGGCUUUUCGGAUCCGGUGACCCCCACACAGCUGGCACUGACAUUUCAAGGAGGGUUCGUCGGGACCAGGUGUGCAGUCUAUGGAAUAUUACACCAAGACAGCCAGGAUGCGAGUGAUGCAUUAUCGAAGUGGCAACCUAUCGCCCAGAUCUAUCCGGAAGACAUAAACCGACGACAAACUUUCAGGUUAACGCCCGGUACCAACCAGAUUGAUUUAUCACAAGGUGUCCUGCGGCUGCGAAUCGUAUUCGAAGAGAGCUCAGAUUUCUUCGGACGAAUAACCUUGUAUAAUCUGGAACUAUCAUGA